CUUUCUUUUUGUACUAAAAAACAAAUUACCUCGCCCUUUGAGUUUGAGUUUGAGUUUGGAGGUGGAAGGUUCCCAGAAAGAGGGGGAACCGUGUCUGUCUUCUUGUUUUCUCCGGCAGUUCAUUUCCCAACAUAUUCGUUCAUUUACUUGGAAUGGUUCAACAACUUGUGGCUGCUCAGCGACUUUUCUGGGUUUUCUGUCUUUGGGAUUGGUUUUGCUGAACUUUUUCUUAUCUGGGUUUACUUUGCUGCUGGAUUUCAAUGAGGGAUUAAUGAAUAGUGAAUUUGGAAUCCUGCUCUUUUCUAUAAAAGGAAUAACGGGUCUGUUUCAAGUUUGGUGAAUGAUAUUGAUUUGGGUUCUUUUUGGAUCUAAUAGCAUCUUUGCUGUAUUGAUCUGGGGGAAGUCUGGUUGAAGAUGACUUGGGCAGAUUAGACAUUGGUUAUAUAAUUGGAUUGAAAGCAUACAGUUUUGAAGUUGGAAAGCCUGCAAUUUAUUGUGGUUGAGUAGGAUUUCAUAUGAUUGGUGGAAAAGACUUGAAUCUAUUUCAGAAUCAAUUUAGUGCUGAGGUGAAUAUAUCAGAAUAGUAUAUAGAUUAAUGGAGCUAGCUGAUGAGCUACAGAUCAAUGGAGAGGAAGAGGGAGAGGACAUGGACAGAGAGCCGUCUGCAGAGGCUCCUCGCAGAGAGCCUCAUCUCUACCGGAACCACUUUGGAGGCAUGGUGAGGAAGAAAGCCUAUAUUUUUGAUGGGCACGGCGAAUUUUACAAUAAGGAAUGGGAUCUUACAGAGGGUAGAGGAAAUGAGUUUUGUUGGUAUCAUGUAGAGCUUCCAAAAGGAAAUCAGAAACUAUCUCAAUCUGCAGAACACCUCAUUGGUGUUCUUUGCCCGCCUUUGAAACUACAGGACAUUCUCUCGCUUGUCAGCAACGGACCCUUUUGUGGGCAUGUCGAUGGGGCUCUUGUAUUCAGAGUCAACUCCCCAGGUCCUCCUGCCAGUGAUUUCACAUUUAGAAUUGCUGCAAGAAUUACUGAACACUCGGUGAUUACUGUGUCUUUGGGCCGUGUCCCCAGAUUGGGUUUCUCGCCAGUGGGCGAAUCUCUUCUCUCGGAGAUUCCUAGAGUGGAGAGUCCCUCUUAUGUUAGAGGUGAGCAGAAGGAAAGGAGUGGGAUUGUGAUAAGGGAGCAUGUUCUUGAGUUCUUAUUGACGAUGAAUCAUUCUGAAGAGGCCGAUAAUCCUGUGCCAAAAUCUGUCUCCAAUCUUGUGGUUCAUAUUAUUGACACGCAUGUUGAUCACCUCCAAGAUGUUGUGACUAAACUUGAAAUAGAAUUGGAUUCCGUUGAGCUUGAGAUGGAUAAAGGUGGUUUUGCUUUGAAGAAACAAAUGCUAGAUGAUAGAAGAUUUCCUAAAAUGCAUCUAAAUCUGCAGCGCCUCUUGCAGGUGAUUGCUCAUGGGGAGCAAGUUUUUCCUCGGGUCAAAGAAAAAUGUUCUUCCAAACAAUGGUUUUCCAGUGAAGAUGUUAACUCUCUUGAAGAGCUGACUGGACGGUUGAGGAGGCUAAAGGAUAAUGUAGGGUUUAUAGCAAAUCGUGUCACGGCAAUACAGGCUGGUCUAGACAGCUGGCAAGCUGAGCAAAUAAACAAGAAACUAUAUUAUCUCUCUUUCCUUUCUAUCGUAUUCCUUCCUCUAUCCAUCAUUACUGGAGUGUUUGGCAUGAAUGUGGGCGGAGUUCCAUGGACAGGACAAAACGACCCAACGUUGAAGAAUGGUUUCCGUAAUGUGAUGUUACUUUGCAUUGUUAUGCUACUUCUGGCACUGCUCUGCUUCAGUUUUCCUGCUCUUUAUACCCGUAUAGUUACUUGGCAAAGGAGAAGAGUCUUGAGGAGAAGCUGGUCCCUCAACAGGAAGUCAUUUCUCAGUAGAACCCAUGGAAUUGGAGUUCAAGAAAGAAGGGGCUACCUUCGGCUUUGAGAAAAUUGACCAUAUCUGCAGAUAAUUUUGUUGCUUUCCACAUCCGGUUUGGUCUUAUCUACCUUCUAAUGACCUAUAUGGACAGAUGUGUUGAGGUUAUUAAUAUCAUUUACUCUGCUCUAGUUCUGUGAGUUUUGUGGGGGACUGGACAGCGAGAGGAAAGAAGCCAAUAGAGGAUAGUUUUUUUUUAUUUUUUAUUUUUUUAAUGAUUUUGUUUCAUUAGUUGGUUAAUGAUCCCUCUUUUUCUUUUACUCACUUCUUGGUGACCGUCCUGUAUUAUGUACAGUCUCUUGUAUCAUGUGAAUGUUAAAUGCUGCUGUAGUGGUGGUAUGUAUUUUUGUUCCACCCUUUUGGUUGUAUAUUAUACACUUAAAUCUCAAUGAUAACCUCAUUAUCUCA